AUGGUAUCCAAACGGAACCGUACACAUUUGGAUAAGGAUUCUGCAAUGCCCCUUAGGAGGGUUCUCCAGGGCCUAGACCCCGUGACAAUUGCAGCAGUCUUCUGCCCAGCGCAACAUAUUGGAGAAAAACAAGUCGGAGAUGAAGAAUGUUUCGUACUCAAACUGGACACUGAUCCUUCAACCCUAUCGAAUCGAAGCGAUAGCACGGCUGAAAUAAUCCGACAUGUCAUGGUCGGUUAUUUCAGCCAGCGGAGCGGUUUACUAAUCCACCUCGAAGACUCCCAGCUAACCCGGAUCCAGUAUCCUGGAGCCGAGGUCAUGUACUGGGAGACCACAAUAUCUUCGUCUAUCGAGGAUUAUCGCCCUGUGGAUGGCGUGAUGGUCGCACAUUCAGGUAGAUCCAUUGUGAAUUUGGUUCGGUUCGGUUACGGGCUGCAAGUUUCAACCCGGAUGGAGGAGCUUUGGUCCAUAGAUGAUGUGGUGUUCAACGUGCCUGGUUUAUCUAGUGAAUGCUUCCUUCCUCCAGAGGACAUUCAAAGGCAGCAGUGACAAAAUCUAAUUUGUUUCAUAUUGCUAAUGAGAAGUUGAUCUAGGAAACUUAACUAUAAUAUGUAUAUAUGUGAAAAGUAAGGGAAAUGGUUAUUAUGGUUUCUUAGUUAAGCAAUUUUGGAUGUCCUUAUGGUUUGUGUUCUUUAGUACUUCUCAUUUAAUGGAUUUGGUGAAA